UCUGUCACUAAAGCCGUGAAGCUCGACUGUUAAAAACCCGACACUUCUGUGUCACUCGUGUCAUUGCGGUUUCAUUCACCGUUCUGUUUUGCAGCUUGCUCGUUUUCAGCGACGUUGUGUGGGUUUGCGGCUCAUCUUGACCUUAUUUACGUCGGAGAAACGCCAGCUGCUUGGAUUGACCUGAAGCACACAGUCCCAUCAUAAUGUACGCCUGUGCUAAGUUCGUCUCCACGCCCUCUCUGGUCCGUGUUGGAUCCCGGGUUCUGUACAGACCAAUCUCAGCAGCAGUACUGUCAGAUGGCAGGAAAGCAGAGACUGCUUCACUUCUGGCACCACAGAAUAUCGCAGCGUCCCAGCAGCAGGUGGCGGUUCGGGGAUUCCAAACCAGCGCCGUGAGCCACGACAUCGACACCGCUGCAAAGUUCAUUGGAGCAGGAGCUGCCACGGUGGGAGUGGCUGGAUCCGGAGCUGGAAUUGGAACAGUGUUCGGUAGCCUUAUCAUCGGAUAUGCCAGGAACCCGUCUCUGAAGCAGCAGCUGUUCUCUUAUGCCAUCUUGGGCUUCGCUCUGUCUGAAGCUAUGGGUCUCUUCUGUCUGAUGGUUGCAUUCCUCAUUCUGUUCGCCAUGUAAACCGGUUCGGCGAUUUUACUGUGAAAGGAUAUAUCACAAUAUUAACAAGAAUUAGCGGUUUUGUUAGGGUGACCUCAGCUUAUUGUGUUGCUUUUUCUUGUUUGUGAGUGUUUCUUGAAAGGUUGUGAAUCCGUUGCUGUUAAAACUCUGGCAAUUGCAACUCAUUUUAAUGACGGUUUUGUCAUUAUAUUGUAUAUUUAAUGAAACAUUUUUGUUAAGAAACCUGCAACCAACAACACAAGUAAAACAUUUAAUUCCUGAA